AAUAGAGAAUUCCCUCCCAGAAACCUCUUUCAUGAGGACCGACGUUCGAGAAAAUGCCCGAGAGAGAUACCGCCGUCAACACUGUCGUCCCGUCCACGCCCCCUCGCAGAUCACCAAGGUUUCUUCACAGCGACACUCCUCAGCAUAACACUUCGUCGAAUCUCCGGCGAUCCACCAGACUUUCUCUUCUCAAAAAGAGCUCCCCAGACCCGGAAGUUCCGAAGUCUCCCGAGCCCAGAAGCGACCAGGUACGCUUUUCGGAAACUGAUUCGAAGAAAUCGAGUAAAUCCAUUGAUGGGUCAAGAAAUCGUGGAGUUUUAAAUACUGGGUCGAAAAAUUCUGUUGUGUUGAGAAAUAGAGUCAAUGGGUUUUCGAAUCUGAAGCGUUCUCCGAGAAAAUGCCAACCGUUCAAGAAAAUGCCCGAGAGAGAUACCGCCGUCAACACUGUCGUCCCGUCCACGCCCCGUCGGAGAUCACCAAGAUUUCUUCACAGCGACACUCCUCAGCAUAACACUUCGUCGAAUCUCCGGCGAUCCACCAGACUUUCUCUUCUCAAAAAGAGCUCCCCAGACCCGGAAGUUCCGAAGUCUCCCGAGCCCAGAAGCGACCAGGUACGCUUUUCGGAAACUGAUUCGAAGAAAUCGAGUAAAUCCAUUGAUGGGUCAAGAAAUCGUGGAGUUUUAAAUACUGGGUCGAAAAAUUCUGUUGUGUUGAGAUAUAGAGUCAAUGGGUUUUCGAAUCUGAAGCGUUCUCCGAGAAAAUGCCAACCGUUCAAGAAAAUGUCUAAGAGAGAUUCCGCGUUCAACACCGUCGUCCCGUCCACACCCCGUCGGAGAUCACCAAGAUUUCUUCACAGCGACACUCCUCAGCAUAACACUUCCUCGAAUCUCCGGCGAUCCACCAGACUUUCUCUUCUCAAAAAGAGCUCCCCAGACCCGGAAGUUCCGAAGUCUCCCGACCCCAGAAGCGACCAGGUACGCUUUUCGGAAACUGAUUCGAAGAAAUCGAGUAACUCUAUUGAUGGGUCAAGAAAUCGUGGAGUUUUAAGUACUGAGUCGAAAAAUUCUGUUGUGUUGAGAAAUAUGGUCAAUGGGUUUUCGAAUCUGAGGCGUUCUCCGAGACUUUCUGAAGGUGAUGGUUUUUCACCGGGAAAAAGUUCCAAGAAAUCGGGUAUUUCGGUUAACGGGUCGAGUAAUCGCGGGAAUUCGAGUUCUGGGUCGAUAAAAUCUAUUAGAAAGAACAGUGCUGUGGAUGGAUUUCAAGGCCUUAGACAAUCUCAGAGGAUUUCCAGUACUAGAAAAGACAUAUGUUAUAAAGAUGAGCUUUCAGAUGUUAAGGAAGCAGAAGAGUUUGUGGUUAAAAGCGAAAUUGAAACAAGAGUGGGAUUGGUUGGUCCACAAACUAAAGAAGAAUUAGAUGGUGAGUGUAGAGUGGAUGGGUUUCAAGGCCUUAGACGAUCUCAGAGGAUUUCCAGCACUAGAAAAGACAUAUGUUAUAAGGAUGAGCUUUCAGAUGUUGAGGGAGCAGAAGAGUUUGUGGUUAAAAACGAAAUCAAAACAAGAGUGGCAUUGGUUGGUCCACAAACUAAAGAAGAAUUAGAUGGUGAGUGUAGAGUGGUUGAAGUUAGUCAGAAGAGAAAGCGAGAUGAGUGCGAGGAGAGCAAUGGGGCAGUCCAGACAUGGACAAAGGAGCAAGAAUUGGCGUUGAAAAGAGCUUAUUUAGUUGCGAAGCCGACGCCGCACUUCUGGAAGAAGGUUUCAGAAUUGGUUCCUGGAAAAUCUGCACAGGAGUGUUUCAAUAAAAUCAAUUCUGACCACUUAACUCCGCCUCAACAUCAGCCUGUUCCAAGGACAAAGAAGAGAGUAAACUCUUCCCCCAUUCGACAUUUGGAUCUUUCUGCAAGUAAAGUGCUUAAACCCACUGAGAUAAAAGUCAAAAGACCAAGUUUUAAUAAACAGAAGAGUCACGUUUUGCACAAAAAUGCCCGACAGUUAUUGCGAAUGCAUCAUCAACAAAACCAAAAUCACGAGGCUGAUCUUUUUUCAGUACUUGAGCCCAACUUGGAUGUAUCUACACAAGCUUUCCAGCAUAGUGUUGUACCUUCCACCCCAAAGCAUUUACAGGAAAAACAUGGAUUUCUCCAAAAGUUCAAUGAGAGAUCCACUUCAGGCCAUAAGAAGCCUCUCUCUAGAUUUAGCGCUUCAUGUGGGAAAGCUCUUAGUCCCCCGGUACUGAAGCAGGUCAAAAACAAGGUCCUACAUGAGAAGUAUAUUGACCAAUUACAUAGCAGGGAUGCUAAGAGAAAAACAGCAUCUGAACAGGCUAAAAACUCCACAUUGACGGUGCAGGAUAGAAAAGAGAUCAACGUCCCAAAAUCGGAUGUGGUAAGAGCUGCGAGAAAUGCCUUGGUCUCUGAUGCUAUCGGUAUGCUUCAACAGAUACAGUCGAAUGCCAAGAGUAACUCUUCAGAUUUGGAUGACGAUUACGUCUUCCAAAAUGAUGGUGAUGAAACUGAAACAGAAAUUUAGCUCAUGAAUGUAUCAAAAAUAUUUCAGAUGUAGCUUUUUCAUGAUACCAGUUGAAGCUAUCUUGUGUAGCUGCUAACUUUAGCGCCCUGAUAUUUCUGUAACUCAUCCAUAGUUGAAAAGGCUAAACUUUGUAAAUGAGGCAAAUUUUAACGAAGACUACAGUAGUUCAGCUGGUUUCUUAAUCUUCUAAUUUCAAAAUAUAGUAAGCACAAUUAAACAAAUAGAUUUGUCUUGUAUUGUUCUUUAUUCUUUGUAU